CACAAAUCACUUAAAAUAUUUGAUUGAAUACACCCCUAAGUACCAGAAAUGAUUUCAACUUCACUUCUAAAUCAUUUCUCUAUAUAUAUAAGUCUCUUCGAAAUGAUUCACCAACACCAAACAAAAAUAACCAAAAAGAAAACAAAACCCCAAAAAAUUCUAAAUACAUUUAACAUGAAGACAACAAAAGAGCUAAGACGCAUGUUUUGCUUUAUCAUCUUCUUCUCAUUCUUCUCCUUCAUCACAAAGAACAUGGCAUAUCCUCUCUCUACAAACUCUCGUUGGAUCAUCGACGAAAAAGGGCAAAGAGUGAAGCUGGCGUGUGUGAAUUGGCCAUCACAUUUGCAGCCUGUGGUGGCGGAAGGGCUGAGCAAGCAGAGUGUAGAUGACUUGGCCAAGAAGAUAAUGGCAAUGGGUUUCAACUGUGUUAGGUUUACUUGGCCACUUGAUCUAGCUACAAAUGAGACGUUGGCUAAUAAUGUUACUGUGAGACAAUCUUUUCAAAGUCUUGGUCUUAAUGAUGACAUUUCUGGUUUCGAAACAAAGAACCCAUCCAUGAUUGAUCUUCCCCUCAUUGAAGCUUACAAGAAGGUGGUAGCUAAGUUGGGAAACAAUAAUGUGAUGGUGAUAUUAGACAACCACGUGACCAAGCCAGGGUGGUGUUGUGGCUACAACGACGGCAACGGUUUCUUUGGUGACACUUUCUUUGACCCUACUACGUGGAUCGCCGGUCUGACCAAGAUAGCCAUGACUUUCAAAGGUGCCACUAAUGUCGUUGGCAUGAGCCUCAGAAACGAACUUAGAGGACCAAAACAAAACGUCGAUGAUUGGUUCAAGUACAUGCAACAAGGGGCCGAAGCAGUUCACGAAGCAAACCCUAAUGUACUUGUAAUCCUUUCUGGCCUCAGCUACGACACCGACCUCUCAUUUGUCCGAUCACGACACGUAAACCUAACUUUCACUAGAAAACUCGUGUUUGAGCUCCAUCGGUACUCUUUCACCAACACAAACACAUGGAGUUCCAAAAACCCUAACGAGGCAUGCGGUGAGAUUCUGAAAAGCAUCGAGAACGGGGGCGGUUUCAAUCUCCGUGACUUCCCGGUGUUUCUUAGCGAGUUUGGAAUCGACUUGAGAGGCAAAAAUGUUAACGAUAAUCGCUACAUUGGAUGUAUAUUAGGUUGGGCCGCGGAAAAUGACGUAGAUUGGUCGAUUUGGACUCUUCAAGGAAGUUACUAUCUCAGAGAAGGUGUGGUCGGAAUGAGUGAGUUUUACGGUAUCUUGGAUUCGGAUUGGGUUCGUGUUCGAAGCCAAAGUUUCUUGCAAAGAUUGUCUCUGAUUCUAUCCCCGCUUCAAGGACCAGGCUCUCAAUCCAAAGUCUACAAUCUUGUUUUCCACCCGUUAACCGGACUUUGCAUGCUACAAAGUAUCUUAGAUCCAACCAAGGUCACUCUCGGUCUAUGUAAUGAAUCUCAACCAUGGAGCUACACUCCUCAGAACACCCUGACACUCAAAGACAAGUCCCUAUGCUUAGAGAGCACCGGGCCGAAUGCGCCGGUUAAGCUCAGUGAAACGAGUUGCUCGAGCCCUAAUUUGUCAGAAUGGGAGACCAUCUCAGCCUCUAAUAUGCUCUUAGCUGCUAAAUCAACCAAUAACUCACUUUGCCUUGACGUGGAUGAAACAAAUAACCUCAUGGCUAGUAACUGCAAGUGUGUGAAGGGCGAAGACAGCUCGUGUGAUCCGAUAAGCCAGUGGUUCAAGAUUGUUAAAGUUAGUAAAUAAUGAGGUUUAAAUUAAUAUAGAUUAUUCAUCUCAUAUUUAAAUAACGGUUAAGAAACUCAUUCUACUAUAUUAUUUGGAAAGUACAUUUUAAAUAUAACCUUAUUUUUUGUAAGUAAUUACAUAGGUAUGCCAUUAGAAAUAAAAUUUU